CAUAUCAAUAAAGAUUGUAAAAGGAAAUUAAUUAAAGAUUGGAAAUCCUUCAACAAAACAGGGGAACUUAAAGAUAAACUGAUAAAUGCACUGUGGAAAGAUGAACCCUCUUUCUCGAAACAUAAAAAUGAAAUUAUGCCAUACAUGGAGAAACUUCAAAUGCUGGUCCCUUUGAAUGUACUUGAGGCUGUAUCAGAAGGUGGCAUGUCAUGGUAUGUCCCAUGUAUGAACAAAAAGCAGUUUAAAGCUGACUUGUUUCAUAAUAAAUGGGAAUGCUCAUCCAUUUUGUGCUAUCGCUUUACUUCCUUUGCCAUGUUUGUGUUCUACAGACUGGUAGCAUACUGCAUAAGUCUUCUAAAAUGGACUGUUGCAAAAGAUGAAGACAAUGAAAGAAGUCUAUGUCUUUAUCAAACAGCAGCAGUGUUUGAUCACAAGGAACACACUGUUGUUGUUGGCAUAUGCAGUGAUGAUAUUCAGUUGCAAGUGCUUAGAAUCAAAGACUUGCCUGUAGACAAGGAAGUAUCAAAUGAAAUUGGAGAUUCCAUUGAAAAGGCAAUAAAAAAACUGACUGAAACAUUUAUUGACACAAAAAUAUUCCAUAGAGGAUACAAAUGUCAGAGCAUUAUCUGUAAUGAGAAAGAUCGUUCUUUUACACUUGCAAGUGAGCUUUCCAAAAUUAAGACUGAGAAAACGCAGUGUAAGUGUCAACUUCAGGAGAAACAUAUGAUAGAUGUACAGACGACAUUGAGUUUUUGGGAAAAGGCAAAAAUGAGCGUUCCUAAAACUCCAGUGGCCUCCGGUGGACAUGACCAUGAGGGACGAUCGAGAUUCGCAAAACUUGGAAUGGCAACAAAUGAUGUGUUAAAUCAGGCAUACAGAGAUAUACUGGAGAUGGAAGUAUCUCCAUCCGAUAUUGAAAAGAAAGCUAAAGCAUCAGCAAUUUACAAAAGAUUGCGCACAGAGCAAGAACAUCUCUUGCUAGAUGCUAAGCAUUCAGGAUAUAAAAACUUUGACAUUUCAUUAACAUACACGUUAAUCCGAAACAUUUGUUCAACGAUCCCUAAACCAACAAAAGGAAAAUGGGGAGAAGAGCCUGCAGCAGGAGAGUUUACAGUGGGUGAUGAUAUCGAAAGAAUAAGGUCCAUCCGAAACAGUUUGACUGCACAUGUGAGUUCAGCCUCCACACCUCAGACAGAAUUCACUUACACUUGGACGAUGAUGUCGGAUAUCUGCCAAAGACUGGAAACCUUAACUGGAAAAAAGUACUUGGAUAGCCUCAAAGACAUUCAUAAACUGGCUCUAAAAGAGGAGGGGGAAGAUACAAUAAAAGCUAUCAUAGAAAAGUUUGCCAAGGAUCAACACGAACAACAUGAACUGUUGAAGACAGUCGUGUCAGAUGUUCAAGAAUUAAAGUCUCAAAUAAUGACAUUAAAACGAAAUUGA